UCUAUUUAAUGUAUUACAUUACGCAACAACUUCUGACGUUGCAAAUAUGAAUAAUUAAUUAGUCGUGUCUUUAUCGCCCUGCAACAACCAAACACCUAUUAAGAUGACCUGGUUCUCCAAAUUAACCACGGCCUUUGGGCUGCUACUGUUAGCAGAUGCUUGCUACUCUGCCUACGAGCAUUCCGUUCUCCAGACACACCGAGCUGCAUCACUCGUUUCCUUAACGGCAUCGCAUAGUGGCCCAGCCAACACCCUACCAAUUGAUAUUACUAUCGAGACGGUUGUCGCCACCUUUAUCAUUUGUCUGGGCAUAGUGCUGGGUACUUCGAAGUUGCGCCCAAUCCAAUGGCGCGUAUGGGCAGGAAAGAUCGAGAGAGAGGGUGAGGCAGGCUUCCUGGAUAGCAGCGGAGAGGUGGAAAAGGACUAUGUUGGAAACCCCUUUCAACUACUAGAAAGCCGGCCAGGGUUCAUCGAUAUUCGGAAACAGCGGAGAGAAAUUGAUGAAUGGGUGAAGACUGAAUGAGCUUCACGUCCAGACAUUUAAUAUCGAGGGCGACGGAACAGUCGGGAGGAAAAGUCAAGAGCUUAUACAGUACAUAUAAGUGAAAGUAUAAGUGAAGGUGUUUUUGCUACAUGUAUUGCGUUAUGGUCGGAAGUAGCAAUCGCGAAUUACUUCGUUCGGAGGAAGGCGAUAUCCUCUAUAGCCCU